GGGGCUCUGCUCCCCAUUCCCAGCCCCAUCCCUGGGGCUCUGCUCCCCGUUCCCGGCCCCUCUGCUGGGGUGGGGUGAGGCCCUGGCAGGAUCUCGUGCCACCGGGGGCACUCAGAGCCGGGGAUGUGUCCGUCCGUCUGUCCGUGCCAUUCCAGGGGCUGUCCUCGGCCGCCAGGGUGGCAGUGUCCCCUCCCCGGGGGUUUUUGUCCCCCGGAGCCCCCGGCGGGCGCGGCGAAAGGAGAGCAGCUAUUAAUAACCCUGCACAGCCGGGAGAAGAUGUGAUUCCAUCAUGGAAGCGGCUCCGAGAACAAUUCAGGGAAUAAAAUGUUCGGGGGGGGGAGGGGGGGUUGGGGGGCGGGGGCAGGGGGGGAGCCCAGCCCCCACCGCGCGGGGCUGCGGCUCCGCCAUGCCGGAGCCCCCCGGGGGUGCAGGGGGAAGCCCCCCGGCCCCGCGACCACCCCCGGGGGGGCCGGGCGGGCACGGGAGGGGCCCGGGGGUCGGUGGCGCCCCUCCCGGGGCGGGCCGCGGCAGGGGGGUGGGGGUCCGGGCUCCGGCGCGCGUGUCCCCCCCGGAGCAUCCCCGGGACCGGCCGUGCCCCGGAGGGGGGGUCACAGCCCCGGGGGCGGCCCCGGCGCGUGGCGGGGGAGGGGCUGGCGGCCGCCCGGUGCCCACGUGGUUUGUCGGUGUCUCCGGAGCGGAAGAAACGGCGGCGGGGCCGGGGCUGCGGCGGGGACCGGGAACGGCAGCGGGACCCGGCGGGGCGGGGACGGAGCCGCAUCCCGGCGGGCGCCGCCGCAGCGCAGCAGCAGCGCCGGCACUGCCGGCCUCCAGGAGGGCCCGGGAGCGCGGAGGGAGCGGCGGCGCCGCGGGGACCCCGAUGAGAGCAGCUCGGGCUCCCGCCGAUCCUCUCGCGGCCGAUGCCCGGAGCUCCCGCGCCUGAGACUCGCCCGUGCCAGCCCCGGGACACGCCGGUGGCACGCCUGUGACACGCCGGUGACACGCCUGUGACACGCCCGUGCCCGCGCCGCAGCCCUGCCCAGCCCGCGCCGCUUCGCCCCGCGCCCGGGGCCCGCUGCAAGGCAGGACAUGGACUCCAUGUUCGAGGACGACAUCAGCAUCCUGACGCAGGAGGCGCUGGGGCCGGACGAGGACUGGUUGGACAGCCCCAACACCGACCUGUCGGGCGAGAUGUGCUCGGCCUCGCACUUCGCCCUCAUCACCGCCUACGACGACAUCAAGAACCGGCUGACGGCGCUGGAGAGGGAGAACUCCACGCUCAAGCGCCGCCUCAAGAUGUACGAGGUCAAGUACCCCCUGAUCGGCGAGUUCGGCGAGGAGCACAUCUUCUCCCUCUACGAGGCCAAGGAGAACUCGCUGCUCAAGAGCGAGAAGGCGUCGCUGCAGCAGCAGCUCAACCAGUUCCAGCACGAGCUGCAGAAGAGCAAAGAGCGGGAGGAGCAGCUGGAGGAGAUGAUCCAGGCCUACGAGAAGCUCUGCGUGGAGAAGGCGGACCUGGAGACCGAGCUGGGAGAGAUGCGGGCGCUGGUGGAGACGCACCUGAGCCGCAUCCGGAGCCUGGAGCAGCAGCUGCGGCAGCGCGACGGCGGCGCCUUCCCCGGGCUGGGCGCCCAGGACGUGCCGUUCAUCGCCCUGCACCCCAACCCCGGCCUGAGCCACGUGCUGGAGCGCGCCGGGGGCUGGCAGAGCCGCGGGCUGGAGGCCGAGCUGGAGGCGGCGCGCCAGGAGAGCCAGCGCGCCCAGCACCGCGAGGAGCACCUCAAGGCCGAGUGCGAGAGGCUGCAGGCCGAGCUGAAACACCUGCAGGACAGCCGGGAGCAGGAGCAGUCGGAGCGGGACAUGGCCUGGGUGAAGAAGGUGGGCGACGACCAGGUGAACCUGGCGCUGGCCUACACGGAGCUGACGGAGGAGCUGUGCCGCCUGCGCAACCUCAGCUCGCUGCAGAGCCAGAUCCUGCGGGCGCUGCUGCAGGACAAGAGCCUCAACGGGGGCCAGCGCCACUCGCCGCUGUCCCAGUGCCACUCCCCGGCCCAGCAGCGCCGCUCGCCCGCCCCGCAGUGCCCCUCGCCCGUCCCUCCGGGCCGCUCCCAGUGCCAGUCUCCCGCCCUCCAACGCCGCUCGCCGGGGCCCCCCAGCCAAUCUCCGGCCCAGCAGCGCCGCUCGCCGGCCCCCGGCCCCUGCCAGUCCCCGGCCCAGCAGCGCCGCUCGCCGGUGCCCCCCCCGAGCCAGUCGCCGGCCCAGCAGCGCCGCUCGCCCGCCCCGCCGCCGCCGCCCUGCCCUUCGCCCGGCUCGGCGUCGCCGCACCGCCUGCCCGGCGAGAGGACGGAGCUGGGCUACGCCAAACCCUCGAGCCGCCACAUCAAGGCCGGCUUCCAGGGCCGCCGCAGCUACUCGGAGGUGACCAACGUGGCCCUGUACCAGCAGAGCCGCUCGCUCUGGCUGCAGCCCGAGGCCUCCACGCUGCCCAAGCACCGGCCCUACGGCGAGCUCUACCUGGGGGGCGCGGGGGCCCCGCUGAGCGCCCACGAGCCCUUCGAGGAGCACGUCCGCUUCGAGAAGCAGUCGUCGGACGAGGAGGAGUGGGCGCUGCCCAGCCCGCCCAGCCCCGAGGCCGGCGCCAUCCGCUGCGCCUCCUUCUGCGCCGGCUUCCCCGUGCCCGACGCCGACGCCGUGCACCGGACGGCGGCCGCCUACGCCCGGGCCGAGCACGCCCAGUCCUGGCCUUCCAUCAACCUGCUGCUGGAGACGGUGGACUCGGAGGUGCGGAGCUGCCCGCUGUGCCAGCUGGCCUUCCCCAUCGGGUACCCGGACGAUGCCCUGGUCAAACACAUCGACUCGCACCUGGAGAACAGCAAGAUCUGAGCCUUGCCCCCCUCCCCACCUUUGGAUGCUGCAUGGAAACACCGGGAGCGCCCGCCUCCCGAAAUACCUCCAAGUCUUCAGUAGCUACGGAAAGACUGAGCCCCCCCGCCCUCACCCAGAGCCCCCCG